UCUCCAUCAUUCGAACGGUUGGAUAUUGAGCAAAGGAUUGGAUCAUUCGACCAUGGCCCGUUUAUCGUUAGUGUACCACCAAAGGAAGAAAAUAAGGCAGCAGAUGAUGUACAGGACAUAAUUAAGCAAAUUCAUAAUCGAAAAGGAUACUCCAAUCCAACACGUUCUGUAGACAGCGAAGAGGAUAAAUCAGAAGAAGUGAUCACACGAAGACCUCGAAGGCGUCUACUGAAGCCGAUUGGUACAGAUUUCAAUCCAAAUAAAUCUUACGUUAUACGACAUGCCAAUGGAAAUCUUACAUAUAUAUUCCCAACAAAUUACACCACUGCUCGACCUAGUAGACGUACUACGGUUCCGGUCCCCACUGAUCCUCCAGCACAAUCAAGAGAUGAAUAUCCAGCAGAGCUGAUCGACAAACUCAUGACCAUUGAAAGAUCCAACUUCGAAGGUGCCUUUGGAGAGGAUAUUGUUAUUCCGAAUGGAGGAGAUUCACUCAACAGACGGUCUGACACGCCAGAUGAACCAUUCCUAUGUGAAAGCGAACAGCGGGUCUUUCAUCCUAUGACAGGACAGACAAAGGAUAAUGCAACGGUCUGGAUCGUCAAUAUCAAAGACUACAAACAGGGGGUUCGAAUUGAAAUAUGUCGAUUUCCAGGGGAGCCAUGCCGGUACUGCGACUUCGCUACUGUAUGCAAGCAAGUUCACCAUUAUAGAACAUUGGUAGCGGUAGACAAAAACACAAACACAGUGUAUAAAGAGCAAAUUUUGUUACCAAGUGGUUGUAGGUGUGCCAGGCUUCAGCCGUGAGCUGUAAACCUAUUGGUGAGAACAAAAAUCCAUCGCGGACGACGGAAAAUUGCACUCCAGUGAUUAUUACUACAAAGAUCUACAACACUUUUAAAGUAUGAAUAAAAAAAACAAUGGAGAAUUA